GCCCCUUGGCAUCUCAUUAUCGCUGCCUGCUCUCCGUAGGUGAAGCAGCGCCGCCAGUCUAAAGCAGGUGUCCAACAUGGCGAACGUGGGGAGCGGAUCUCUCUCUACAUCUCUCUUUUUACUCUUCGUUUCUGCAGCUUUUCCUCUGAAAGGAGCUGCUCAGACCAUCCAAGCAUUUGGUCAAAACCUAGAGACUGAUAAUGUCUCAGUGGUGGAGGGAGAGACGGCCACCAUCAGCUGCCGAGUUAAAGACAAUGACGACUCUGUUAUUCAGCUCCUCAAUCCAAACAGACAGACCAUCUACUUCAGGGACGUAAGACCAUUGAAAGACAGCCGUUUUCAGCUGGUCAACUUCACUGACAACGAAUUAAGAGUGGCCCUGUCUAAUGUGUCGAUUUCUGAUGAAGGAAGAUACGUAUGUCAACUGUACACCGACCCUCCUCAGGAAGCCUAUGCCGAAAUUACUGUACUGGUCCCACCAGGCAACCCGAUGAUUGAAUCCCGAGAGGACAUCAUCAAUGAAGGAAACGAGACAGAAAUAACGUGCUCUGUCACAGGAAGCAAACCUGCUGCCAAAAUCAGAUGGCUGAAGGGAGGCAAAGAGCUGCAAGGGAACUCUUCAAUCAAGGAAGAUGAUGAGAAAAUGUACACAGUGACUAGUAAAGUGACUCUCACCGUCACCAAGGAUGAUGAUGGAGUUCCUGUCAUAUGCAUGGUGGAUCAUCCAGCUGUGAAAGACUUCCAGACGCAAAAAUACCUUGAAGUUCAGUAUAAACCCAAAGUGAUGAUCAUCAAGAGCUCUCCAAAGGAAGAUCCAAGAGAAGGAGAACGCUUAGAACUGAGCUGCACAGUGGAGAGUAAACCAAAAGCUCAGUUUGUACGUUGGAUCAAAGUAGAUGAUGAUCUGCCUCUCCAGACAUCACUGAAAGGGUCAGAACUGUCCAUCGAGAAUCUGAACAAGUCCUACAAUGGCACAUACAGAUGUAUGGCAGCCAACUCCAUUGGGGAAUCCUGGGCUGACUUUAACCUCAUUGUGCGUGAUGCUCCCACUACCACCCCCUUACCCACUACAACCACCUCUCCCACUACAACCAGUUCCACUACCACUUCCACCGCCACUACCACCUCUGUCAUGUCAACUGCCAUCGAAGACAACUCGCCGACUUCAGAGCCUGCAGUUCACGACUCUAGAGCAAGUGAUGCUGGACCCAGAGGAGUAGACCAUGCUGUCAUAGGGGGAGUCGUUGCAGUCGUUGUGUUCGCUAUGCUGUGCCUCCUUAUUAUUCUCGGACGAUAUUUUGCCAGACACAAAGGGACCUACUUUACCCAUGAAGCCAAAGGUGCAGAUGAUGCAGCAGACGCAGACACUGCAAUCAUCAAUGCAGAAGGAGGCCACAACAGUACGGACGACAAGAAAGAGUAUUAUAUCUAAGUCGGCUUGGAUUACAAGGUGUCCAAUGCUGCACACUUACCCAGUGUGUGUGGGGGGGGGGCAGGAGGGGGGGUUAGUGGGGUGGGAUUAUAGAUUGUAUGCACUUGGUUAGGGCUGUCAGUCACACAUUUGUUUAUUUUAAGGGUUGGGGCAGUGCAAAGUUCGGGUUGGGCUUGGGACAACUUUACUGUAGUAAGCUCCACCAUUUGACACCUCUGUAAUUGCUAGGUAGGCUUUGAUUUAGUUUAGUUCAAUCAUUUGCAGAAAAUUCUGUGCCUUGUUUUUAUUUUAUUUAUUUUUUCAUUUUUUUUAAGUUUACAAAUUCUCAGUUCCCCUUCCUUGCCCCCCCCCCCCCCCCCCCCCCAACAAAUCCUAAAGUACUCCACACCUUGGAAAACAUACCAACAAGUGACUGCAUUUAGACAGCAGCUGGCUUUCUUGUGAAGCACAUUGAAUUCAGUUUAUUUUUGAUGCAUUACUAAAGUUAAGGUUAGAUGUAAAAUGUAAAAAUCUAUUUUAUCACAACCCCCUACUGAAGAGUCGAUUUUUACAAUUUAUUUUGUCUCUACAUUUAUUCUCUAUGUCUGCUGCUCACAGCCCAAAAAUCCUAACCUUACAUUCGUUGUAAAAAAAACAGUCCCUAAGUCAUCAUCUCCGAGGUGUCCAUGCAGCCCUUCUCACGUAACCCCACCCCUCAACCCUAUCUCCCCCAAAACUCCCUUCACCAUGUCACAGGUAGCUUGAAAUGCGCAGAGUUUUCUGCAAGUGAGGAGCAUUAGGAGGAAGUAGCGGUGCUUUCCUAUCUGUGUCUGAUUCCGUUCUGUCCGGCUCAUCCGUUGUGAUGCCUGGUGCAGAAACCACAAGUAAAAAAAAAAAAAUAAUAAUAAAAGAGAGUACAAACAGUGUUUGGAUGUUUCCAUUUCCAGCCUGCCCCAUCGAUCUUUUCCAAAUGGCCUUAGUGCUCUGAAUUAUGUUAUUGCCAAAAAAAGUGCAACUUACUUGGCAUUAGAAAGGAACAGAAAUGCUUCCUCUGCUUGUUUCAUAUGGCCUUUACUUUAUUUUGUCGUCAGAUAAAAUAUAAAACCAGUGGUGUUGUAGACUUGUUGAGCUUUGAAGGAUUGGGUUUCUUUGAUUUCAUUUUGCUUUGUUUCUUUCUCUCUCUCACUCUGUCUCUCUCUCUAGUGGGCUGUGAAAAUAACACAACACAACUCUGUAGGUCAUACACGCUCCUUCUAGCUAUAAUUCUAGAAGAUUCCAUCAGAGAAUAAUGGGAAUGAUAGAUUUGUGCAAACCAGAGAAAGUGAUAGGGAGUUAAGCAUUAAGAAAAAAAACGAUAAAAUUAAAAUAAAGAACCUGGAACUGCCUUAAGUCUUACGGCAUCGACCGUUUUCAAAUUGAAGAGAGAUUAUUUGGACAAGAGAAAUGAGAAUAUGAGGGCAUGUUUUGAAUUUUAUAGAAGUAGCCAAAUAAUGGCUGUAUUUCGAUACGUCAAAAACAAAAAGCAGAAGUCCAGGGAUACUUGAGGAGGCGUUUUUGGAAUCUCAUCUUGACGUUAUAGCGAGGAGCUCCAAUCCACAUAUUGGCACGUCUUCCUACCUUGACUUCGUUUAAAUAGUAUCUGUCAAGAAGAAAAUAGGUAGGAACCGUACGUGACGAAUUCUAGCAUUAACAGUAUUUUGAAAGUAGACAGUGAAAUGUGUUGACUGUUUUAAUUCAGUGAACGCUUGGUCUGGGUGUAUUUUUAGUUGCCUUUUUAUUUUUUUAAUUAGUCAAAACUGGCAGCUUCAUUAGUAAAUGAGGAUUUACGCUGUUUCCUCAUCUAUGCGCUCGAGUGGCAAGCGAGUGACAUUAUUGGUUGCUUUACACAGAAACAGAUACAGUAUUUUUUUUUUUUUAAGUAGUACUACUACUCUUGUUAAUUUUAUGUCGUCAACUGCUUUAUAAACUUCGUAAUAUCGAUUCAAAAUACUACGGGGAGGGGUUGGCCUUUUGGAAACAGAAUGGAAUGUACAACUUUAAAAAUAUACACAAAAAAGAUUUUUUUUUUUUCACACUUUGAUUUUAUAGAACUCUCAUUACCCCCUUUCCAAAUUCUAUGUGAUAUCAGACGUCUGAAAAUCGGUUCUUUAGGUAAUGUGUAGUAAAAUGGAAUCUCCUAAAGGGAAAGGCAUUUAGACAAUAUACAAAAGUGGCUUGAUUAUGGGCAUUGUAGGUUUGUUGUUGAUUUGCUCUCAGUCAUCUCAUUCCAAUCCUGGAACAAUACUUUAGUGCUGCUGUAAGAGAUAAUUGUAUUUCUGUUGUGUGUGUGUGCACGCACGUGUGUGUGUGUGUGUGUCAGUGUAUGCAGUAUGUAUAAGUUUCCUCUACAUAUACACACACACCAGUAUACUGAAUACUGUAUUUCUGCACACACUUGCAUCUGAUUGUGGGUCACAGCUGUUCAUUGCUUCUCACACACAUGUACGGUAUACACACUAAUUAUACACACAUGCACAAGUAUAUUGACACUUACCGAUAUCAUUUCCUGUAUGUAUAUAAAAAAUAUAUAUACAUAUAUAAUACACACAUUAUAUAUAUAUACAUAUAAUAUAAUAAAGAUAAAAGCAUUUUUUAUUUUUUAAUUAUACUGUAUAUAUCUCAGAGAUAUAUAAAGUUGAAAAAUUUGUGUGUGUAUGUAUAUACAGUAUAAGGUAAAUGUGUGUGUAUGCAUGUGUUGUUUCCUUUUGAUUUUGCCAUGUCUCAGGUUCAUAUGUAAUGAAUGGCAUUUUUGCAUCUCAGGCUUUUCACAAAGCAUCGACUCCACACAGAAAAGAAAAUGGAACAAUGACUCAUUCUUACAUUUCAUUGGCCAGAUUUUAUGUAUUUUCUUAAAAUGCUGCGUACUGUAUUAAAUGUGAUACGUAUUAAUCCACAAACAAAAUUCAAAACAGAAAACUUGCUCAUAGGUAUAUAAGUAUAUACUGUAAUUUUAUAUAUAUAUAUUUAUAUAUAUAUACAUAUAUACAUAUAUAUACUGUAUAUGCAUGUGUGUAUGUAUGUAUAUAUAUAUAUAUAUACAGUAUGUAUACACAUAAAGGGUAUAUGGAUUCUGUCUAUACACACAAAAAUAAUAACUUACUCUGAAUCAUAUAUAUGGCUUUUAUUUACCGUUUUUUUGUUUUAACUUUGAUUUGUUAACUUUUCUUUUAUGUGUAAAGAUCAAAUAUAAGAAAAUGACGGGGGGGAUUGGCAAAUGAAGGAUCUUGAUGCUCAGAAGGUUUGGUCUUAUGUCACUCAAGCUGUCUUUAGGUCAAUCCUUUUGUCUUUCUGCUGUACUUGGGCAAUGUUACUGUGUAUUAAUAAAAUAUAUAUACAUAUAUAUAUAUCCAUAUGUUCCCAUACACAUUUUGUAUUGGUUCAUAAAAAAGAAAACAUUUUUAAAAAAAAAAAAAAAAACUGAAGAGUUCUUGUCUUAAUAAAAAAAUCUUAAUGUUCCAA